GCGCGGAGGGAAGGAUGCAGACACCGCGGCCGGCGAUGAGGAUGGAGGCCGGGGAGGCAGCGCCACCGGCGGGGGCGGGUGGCCGCGCCGGGGGCGGCUGGGGCAAGUGGGUGCGGCUGAACGUGGGGGGCACGGUGUUCCUGACCACCCGCCAGACGCUGUGCCGGGAGCAGAAGUCCUUCCUCAGCCGCCUGUGCCAGGGCGAAGAGCUGCAGUCCGACAGGGAUGAGACCGGGGCCUACCUCAUUGACCGAGACCCCACCUACUUCGGGCCCAUAUUGAACUUCCUCAGGCAUGGCAAACUGGUGCUGGACAAGGACAUGGCUGAGGAGGGGGUCCUGGAGGAAGCUGAGUUCUACAACAUCGGCCCUCUGAUUCGCAUCAUCAAAGACAGGAUGGAAGAGAAAGACUACACAGUGACCCAGGUGCCACCCAAGCAUGUGUACCGCGUGCUGCAGUGCCAGGAGGAGGAGCUCACACAGAUGGUCUCCACCAUGUCUGAUGGCUGGCGCUUCGAGCAGCUGGUGAACAUCGGUUCCUCCUAUAACUACGGCAGCGAGGACCAGGCCGAGUUCCUGUGUGUGGUGUCCAAGGAGCUCCACAGCUCCCCACACGGCCUGAGCUCAGAGUCCAGCCGUAAGACCAAGAGCACGGACGAGCAGCUGGAGGAGCGGCAGCGGCAGGAGGUGGAGGAGGUGGAGGUGUCCCAAGUGCAGGUGGAGGCGGAUGCCCAGGAGAAAGCUAUUACAAGCCAGAGGCACCCGGAUGUGAGCCCCCAGAUCACCUCCAGGGACUUGGGGUUCCGAUCUGAAAUCCUUUAUUUUUGUACCACGGGGUGGGCCCCUGGCCCGAGGAGGAAGACUUACCCUCUCCCUUGUCACUGCUGCCUGCAUCUGCCGGGCUGAGACUCCUGCCUCCAGGCCUGGGCCUGGGGCCCUCUGGGACUUUGGAAGGCCUGAGGUGGGCCCUGGGGUCUUCAGGCAAGAGUCACGUGCCAUGGCCAAAGUGUGGCGCCGCCCACCCAUAUCUCCCAGGCCCUUUUGUCCCUGCGCCUGGGUCCCCCUGCUGCAUGGCCGAUACACUCCCACCUGCCCAGUCAUAGCACCCCCUUGAGCCUCAGUCUCCAUGGCACUAUAGGGUCAACCCCUACUCCCACCUACCUCACAGGGCUGUUGUGAGAAUCAGGGAGGGUCACGGGGUUCCCGGAAGCACAAAGUGUGUGGGCUGCAAUCAUGACCUUCUGGGGGGAGGGACUCCAGCCUGUCCCGGAAAGGGGACACCGUGCCCUCAGAUACUGGUGGGGGACAAUGCUAGGACUUAGCCAUGCAGGAAGGAAGGGACAGACUUGGUAUCACCUUGGCUGCCCCUCCCCUGUGCCAUUAUGUAUUUGGCAGCAAAGUGCACUGGCAAAUCGUGAGGCUGCCCAGGAACUUGUGAUGGGGGAGGGGCAGGUGUGACAGGGGCUGAGCUGCCCCUCCUGGUGUCUUGACCCCCUGGGUUGAGGUUGGGCACACAUCUGUCACUUGUGUCCCACCCACUAUGAAAUAAACCUGAACAAACAGGC